UUGCAGUACUCUAUGCACAAACAAUCCAUCCCGCGCAGUCUUGUAUAUCCUACAUAUAGGACCCAACCAUGGAAACCAUCCGAGCCCAAUCCUGUCUUCUCUCCAGCAGCAAGCCGCUCACCAAACAAAGAAAAACAACCAGAGCAAGCACAAGAGCUUCUCUUAGAGACGCUCGCGUGCCUCCCCUCACGCGACCAACUACCCUCUUUUCCUCAGUGUUUUGGUUGAAGCAACAUAUCGUUCAAGAUGGUUCUUCAUCAGUUCGAUUAUCUCCUUGCCAUCGGCACCAUCUUUGCUGCCCUUGAUGCUUGGAACAUUGGAGCCAACGAUGUUGCCAACUCAUGGGCCACCUCGGUCGCCUCCCGCUCCGUCACCUACCUCCAAGCCAUGAUCCUCGGUUCCAUCAUGGAAUUCGCCGGUUCCGUUGGUGUAGGUGCCCGCGUAGCCGACACUAUCCGCACUAAAGUCGUCGACACCACUCUCUUCGCCAACGACCCGGCUCUCCUGAUGCUGGGCAUGGUUUGCGCCGUUGUUGCCUCUUCCCUCUACCUGACCAUGGCCACUCGCUUCGGCCUGCCCGUCUCCACCACCCACUCCAUCAUGGGCGGUGUUAUCGGCAUGGGCGUUGCGGCCGUCGGUGCCGACGGCAUCCAAUGGGUCGGCUCGGGCAUCAACGACGGCGUCGUCUCGGUCUUCCUCGCCUGGGUCAUCGCGCCCGGCCUCGCGGGAGCCUUCGCGUCCAUCAUCUUCCUUAUCACCAAGUACGGCGUGCUGCUCCGUUCAAACCCGGUCUACAAGGCCUUUGCGGUGGUGCCCAUCUACUUCGGCAUCACCGCCUCACUGCUCUGCAUGCUCCUGCUCUGGAAGGGCGGCAGCUACAAGGUGACGCUGAGCAACGCCGAGAUUGCGGGCACUAUCGUCGGCGUCGGCGCCGCCUGGGGCUUGGUAGUCACCAUCUUCUUGAUGCCUUGGCUUUACCGCGUCGUCAUCCUCGAGGACUGGCAGCUCCGUUUCUGGCACAUCCCUCUCGGCCCCCUCCUUCUCCGCCGCGGAGAGGUCCCGCCCCCGCCUGCGGACGGCUCCGGUGUCGUCCAGGAUUUCUAUGCUGGUCGUUUGACAAAGGAGCAACUCGCUGCCCGCCGCGCCGCUCAGACCGGUGACUCAGAAAUGGCCGCCGGUGCCGUCACAUCCUCCACCUCCAACCCCUUGGCUCCCACCGACGGCGAAAAGGGGGCCACCAUCACCAAGGACGACUCCUCCUACUCGCACGACCAUCCCGAGCCCGCCCAACCCGCCCAACCCCAAAUCAAGACCAUGGUCGGCCCUCGCCCUGCUGGUCCCUGGCACUCGGGCGCCGUCCUCUUCUGGUACGUCAAAUGGGCCUUGUUCCGCGGCGUCGACCAAGACGUCAUCUCGUCCCAAGGCGAAAAAUCCGUCAUCUCGUCCGACGUCGAGGAACUGCACGCGCAUGCGACGCACUACGACAACAAGACCGAAUACAUGUACUCCUUUUUGCAAAUCAUGACGGCGGCCACCGCCUCUUUUACGCACGGCGCCAACGACAUCUCCAACGCCAUUGGCCCUUACGCGACCGUGUUCCAGCUCUGGAAGGACGGCGCGUUGCCCGAGAAGGGCAAGGCGGACGUUCCGGUGUGGAUUUUGGUGUUUGGUGGUGCUUGCUUGGUUAUUGGCCUGUGGACGUAUGGUUACAACAUUAUGAGGAACUUGGGCAACCGGAUUACGCUGCAGAGUCCGAGCAGAGGGUUUUCGAUGGAGUUGGGGAGCGCGGUGACGGUUAUUUUGGCCACUCGGUUGAAGCUACCUGUGUCGACUACGCAGUGUAUCACGGGCGCUACUGUCGGUGUUGGUCUUUGCUCGGGCACGUGGAGGACCAUCAACUGGCGCCUUGUGGCUUGGAUCUACAUGGGCUGGUUCAUCACUCUGCCUGUUGCCGGCAUCAUUUCGGGAUGUUUGAUGGGUAUCAUCAUCAAUGCUCCUCGCUGGGGUAUAGCGGCUGAAUGCAUGCUGUGGGGUGGAUGGCGGAAUGGAGGUGCCGCUCGACAAAAGAAAACAGGAGUGGGUGUAAUGAAGGAGGGCUGGAAAAGAAUUGGAACUGUUUAGAAUUUGUGUUGUAUUCCUUUGAACUACGCCGCCGCAGAUGGAUAUGUAGUAGAUAGCUGUUGCUGGUUUUGUGCUAUUUUGUGAGGCUGUUAUACCCCAGGUA